CUCUGUUUGAAAUAAAAAAAAUUACACCACUUUUUUGUUUUAUUUUAUAUCUUUCUUUUAUUUCUUUAUUAAUAUUAUAUGAUGACAUCUCGAAAAUAUGAUCUCGUUGUUUAUGGAGCCACUGGAUUCACUGGUGAAUUGACUUGUGAAUAUAUCAUUGAACAAAAAUACAAGGAUUUGAAAUGGGCUAUAGCUGGUCGUAGUUUGGCCAAGUUGGAAAAAACAAAACAAAACCUGAUAAAGUUGGAUGAAUCUAUCAAGGAUAUUGAUCUUAUUAUUGCUGAUGCAUCUAAUCCUGAAUCUUUGGAUGCUUUUCUUGCUCAAACUAAAGUAGUCCUUAGUACUGUGGGGCCAUUUAUCAAGUAUGGUACUCCUUUGGUAGAAGCUUGUUUACGACAAAAAACACAUUAUGUUGAUAUUACUGGUGAAUACAAUUGGAUAAAAUCUGUGAUUGAAAAGUAUCAUGAAAAAGCUCAACAAGAAAAUAUACUUAUCAUACCUGCAUGUGGAUUUGAUUCUGUUCCAAGUGAUCUUGGUACUUUUAUGGUUGUAGAUUAUCUUGCUCGUCAACAUCAAUUACAUACUGCUGAAGUUAAAACAUCAUUGGUUAAAGUCAAAGGUCGUCCUUCUGGUGGAACUAUUCAAACAUUGAUUGAAUCUCUUAGUGAUAAAUCUUUAUCAUCUACUGAAAACUUGGAUCCUUAUCUUUUAUCUCCUCACAAAGGACAAGAUAAACCUUAUAUUCCUUGGAUGUAUAAAGAUUAUGAUUUUGGUGGAAAAUGGCAAGCUUUCUUCAUCAUGUCAGUCAUCAAUGAAAAAAUUGUACGUAGAUCAUGGUCUCUUUAUACUGAUCGUCCUGGUCAAUCUUAUGGAAAAUUAUUCAAAUAUCGUGAAAGUAUGACACUUCCUUUCCUUCCAGCAUUCCUACUGACAUCUGUCCUAUUAACAAUGAUGCCUAUUGCCACUAUUUUACUCAAAUUUGCUCCAUUCCGUCGUUUUGCACAAAACAUCCUUCCUGCAGGUGGUACUGGUCCAAAUCGUGAAGAAAGAGCCAAAGGACAUUUUCAAUUCGAAUUGAUUGGUACAGGUGAAACUGAACCUUAUGAUCCUCCAGUUCGCGUCCGAGGUGUGGUGAAAGGUUUCUCUGAUCCUGGUUAUGGAGACACUUGUCGUAUGGUGGCCGAAUCUGCGUUAAGUAUUGUUUAUAGUUUGGAUUCUUUACCUGGAAAACAAGGAGGUGUUCUUACUCCAGCUACUGGUCUAGGAAAAGUAUUGAUCGACCGAUUGACUACAAAUGGAGGUAUGGUGUUUGAAGUGAACGAUAUUCCUACUUAAUUAUUUAGCUUUGUCGGCAUAUCAAAUAAAUCCUUUAUACUUUUUUUUUUUGUAUCUUUUCUUUUUUUUUUUUUUUUU